GUGUGAUGACCGCGGACGGUUAGUCAAGCGUAAUUCCAUGACAAAAAAAGGUCCAUUGACGCAAUUUUUUAAGCAUUCAUCGCACCAUUUCGUAAAUAAGAGUCGUCACUUUCUUUGUUGAUUCAUCACUGAAGUUGUUGUAUCUUUGCAUUGAGGUAUCAGAGCUUCUUACUACCAUUGCAAGGAUGCGACACAUAGAGGAGUCUAGAAACCCAGCUCUUCGCAACAGGCCUACUGACGAACAUACAAAGGAAAUACUUGAACUCGUGAGAAAGCGAGCGGAAGAGGACUUAAAAAACGCAAAUCUUAAUUUCGACCAAGCCCUGCUAAGGCGAGUAUCGGUAACUCGGCCAAAUGAGCCACUGCCGUCGAUCCGAGUUGAUUAUGACCACGACCAUUGGCUAAAGAGACGGAGCUGUCCGGCAGGACUCGACAACGAGGAAGCAGACACAAGUUUAACGUCACGGUGGAGGUCUUUGAGCGAUUCACCUUUGCUAGAAUUGAGAAAUCGUUCUCCGAGGGAACGCACGGUGUCAUCCCCCGCGAGUGAUACAUCGGCAACAUCGCGGCGUGGAAGAACGCGAAGAUUGUCAAAUAUUCUUCCUCCUUUAGAAUCGACAAAGGAGGGUUUUGAAAGACCGAACUGUGUUCCUUCGCGUCGCCACAGUGGCUUUUUGCUACAACCGAAGGAAGAUAUAAAUAUGAAAUUAACUUAUGACGAGGAAUGAGUUUUUGCUCGAUGAAUGGUUGCCUUUAAAAUCAAAUUAUAUGAAGAUAUAAAAUAUGUACAAAGUGAUAUGAAGAAAAUCCAAGGGCUGAACAGUCGCCAAGUACUGAUUACCCCAAAAAUCAGUUACGAAAGGUACAUCUUCCGGCUUACAGCUAGAUGUUAGAUCAUGAUCACUUUUUAGAAACAGACACCGUCUAAAGAACGAUCAUUUGAAGAACUGUAAGUGAAGAAAACAACAACAACCAGUAGAAUGUGUACGAUUUUUGGCGGCUUUAGCUCAGUGAUUUCAGUCUUGCGGAAAGGGAAUUGUUGGGUUGCUUUUAGGAAGGCUACAGAGAGUGUAAGAAUUAUAAUCAACCCAUGUAAAUAAUUUCAAUUACGUUCUCAUGUUGUACACAACAAUACACAGUUAACAUGAAAGUGUUCUGUUUAUUUAGUGGCCUUAACUCCAGAAAGAUAUAUAAUGCCACCCCCGUGUAGAAAACCCUUUCUCAAAAUUAAAAGUUCUACUUCGUACUGUGCGCACGCGUUGUUCUAGAAAAAUACCUCUUUAAACAUUGUUUAUACUUCAGUGACUCAGCCACAUGGGGUAAUUAAGGCAUAUACGACCUGUUAAUAACAACUACACAAUGGCGNCAUUUGAAGAACUGUAAGUGAAGAAAACAACAACAACCAGUAGAAUGUGUACGAUUUUUGGCGGCUUUAGCUCAGUGAUUUCAGUCUUGCGGAAAGGGAAUUGUUGGGUUGCUUUUAGGAAGGCUACAGAGAGUGUAAGAAUUAUAAUCAACCCAUGUAAAUAAUUUCAAUUACGUUCUCAUGUUGUACACAACAAUACACAGUUAACAUGAAAGUGUUCUGUUUAUUUAGUGGCCUUAACUCCAGAAAGAUAUAUAAUGCCACCCCCGUGUAGAAAACCCUUUCUCAAAAUUAAAAGUU